CCAAUAAGGCUCUUACGUCCUCGGUGCACCAAUAAGAUUGCGACAUUACAAAGAAGGGACAGUCCGACCAAGCAAGGGUGCCCCGCACCCAGGUCAAGAGGGACCAUCUCCGGCCCAAUAAGGCUCUUACGUCCGGCAACAAGACGGCCACCGCCUCCGCCACCAUGACGCCCAUUGUGAUGGAGGAGCUAAUGGCGAAGAUGAUGCAGCCGCACAGCACGCCACCACUACAGUGCUGCACGACUACACCACCAGUGAGCAGUACCGCGCGCCUGUUCCGCGCUAUCUAUUAUGGGAGCUGCUGGGAGUCCCUGGCCCGCUUCAUGAUGCACCGGCUGGGUCGCGUGGUGUUUGCGGUCCUGUACCCCGCCCAAGUGGAGACCCUCCUGCGCACUGGUGUGCAGGUGUCCGCUGCGGCUGAUGCGUUCGCGGUCGUCGUGGCUGACGUCAUGCUCGGCAAACCGACCUGCCAGCCCUUUUGAAGGACUUCAAGGCCACGAGGCUUCGUAGACAAUCAUAGGAAUGCAAUAGAGUAUGAAGCAGCAGUAUGGAAGGUGACGGUGACGUGAAGUGGUGACCUUGUUGGCGGGUGGGUGUGAACAGUCUGGGGUUUCACACGCACAGCGUGGCAGAGCUGCAUGAGCUGUGUCACCGUGCCACGCGCUGUGGGUGCGAGGCUUGAGCUCGGGCUACCCCGUCAGGUAUGCUAGCUGCGCUGAGCGUGGGAGACGGAGUCUGGGUCUGGAACUCUGG